GCUGCGACACCUGAUUGCCGCCCUGCUCCGGACCGUCCUGCGUGAGCGGCCAGUGGACCCGCUCGCCUCCCUGGCCUCGCACUUUCAGCAUGACCGUUCCGAUUGCGCAGGUGAUACAGAAAGCGAGCCCUUUCUUGCAGGGCAAGCCCAGACACAGAUCGUUGUGGACAAGGUGACCGGUGCCCCAAGCGAUGCAGUUCUUUCAAUUAUGGCCUGGAAAGCGCAAGUUCUGCUUCCGGUCGGAGCCAUUCCGGAGGGCGGGAUGAAGCUGCACUUUGCCGAGGGUCCUGCAGGCCUGAAUCCGUUCCGGAUUGAUUUGCUGAUGCCCCUUUGUGGUGAUGAAGUGGUCAUUCGAGGUAUGUCAGAUGCCUUGCCCCAGACGAGACAGCUGACUCUCCGUCAUGAUGAUGCUGAAGUGGUUGUCGUGAUAGAGCGGGGAAUCUCGAAGCUCCCAAACAGGGACGAGGCGGAGCAAAGUCGAGCCUCAGACUGCUGGCCACAGUGCCUUGCAUGGGACGAUCCAGUGCAUUUGACUGCAGCAGUAGAGUUUGCUCGAGAAUACUUGGCAAAGCACCGACUUGACAAAUUCUUGCUCGACAUGUUGACAGAGGCAAGUGCUCAGCCUCCGGCAGAUGUUUACGCGUUUGCAGCUGCCCGACUUGCUGAAGCACAGGUGAGUCAAACGGAGAACGGAAGCCAAGGAAACUGUGCCGUUGGCGCCCAUGGACGUGUGGAUCUCGAUUGUGCGCAGCUAAUGCACGCCCUGUCCACGAAUUCCGCAGAUUCCACAGGGAUUUCCCACAGUUACGAUGAGACUCAGCCACUGCCGGCUGGGCGGGAGAGCAUGGCCACAACUGAGACAGAGGAGAUGCAAGAACCACCCCAGAGCCAUGGUACAGGUAGCCAUACAACUGCGGCACAGGCGGACCAGAUAGAAGGAGAAUCCUGGAACAACCUGCCUGUUGAAAUCGCAGAUGCGGCGUAUCUUGACGGAACACUUGAUGCCGCCGCUCACCCUGUGCAGUCAGAGCCGAUGAAUGGAGAGCCCCAGGGCUACUUUGCACCAACGGAAUCAGAGCAGAUGGGCACAGACCAGUGUAUCCAAGGUCUGUUCCUGCACGUCGAGGGGCCAGGCUUGGAAGCAGAGCAUCAAUCCCAGCAAGCCGACGGCACGCUUGCAGCUGGCCAUGACGCACGCCCUGCACAGUCUGAGCAGAUUGAAGCAGAGCUGCCAGGCAACCACAACCCAAGCGCCGAAUUGGAGGGCGAGGUCUCGGCAGCAUCACAUGGAUCUAUACAUGUUGAGGCCGCUCCAAACCUGCCGCAGCAAGAGCAAACGGGCCACGGAGAAACCCAGAACCAAAGUGACCCAGCUCAGCCGGUUCAAGUGGAGGUGGAACCUCAGUCUAGCCAAACCGUCUUCGAAUCUCAGGAAUCGGGGCAAGUGGACGACAAACCUGAGACCGGAGAUGAUGCAACUGCGGCACAGGCGGACCAGAUAGAAGGAGAAUCCUGGAACAACCUGCCUGUUGAAAUCGCAGAUGCGGCGUAUCUUGACGGAACACUUGAUGCCGCCGCUCACCCUGUGCAGUCAGAGCCGAUGAAUGGAGAGCCCCAGGGCUACUUUGCACCAACGGAAUCAGAGCAGAUGGGCACAGACCAGUGUAUCCAAGGUCUGUUCCUGCACGUCGAGGGGCCAGGCUUGGAAGCAGAGCAUCAAUCCCAGCAAGCCGACGGCACGCUUGCAGCUGGCCAUGACGCACGCCCUGCACAGUCUGAGCAGAUUGAAGCAGAGCUGCCGGGCAACCACAACCCAAGCGCCGAAUUCGAACCGGAGCAGAUAUGGGAAGAUUUGGAAGGAAUGCAUGAAUCUGCCAAUGUCGGAGAAAUCCUCUUUGAACCCGAUGCCAAACCAUCGCAACUUGUGCAAGCGCAAGGAUAUCUCCAAAACACGAGCCUCUAUGCAUCUGGCGAGAACGAGCUGCCGGAAGCGCAUGCCCAAGCGCACAGCCACAUGCAUCAGCCACGGCAAUCGGCACUCGAGGAGGCCUCGGAAACAUCACAUGGGAUACACGCAGGAGCAUUUCCAACUGAUGCGCAACCUGGGUUGCAGCAGUUGCAGCAACACUGGACCCCUGCAGCUUUGAGCCCGGAUGCUGAGCAGGAAGCAUCAGAGGCGUGGCAUGGGUCUAUGUGCGUGGACGAAAUGCCGCCGUCCCAUGCUGAGACGGACCAGGGGCAGGAGAGGCCGCAGAUUCAUGCAAGCCUGCACGAGUUUGUUGAGCAAGACCUCAGCGGACCUGUUCUGUCAGACCCAGAAACGCAGAUGCAGGUGCAAGCGCUUCAGGUGGCUGGCUUCUCUCAGCAGGACAUAGUCCCUCAUGAUGUGGCCGUGGGGUCAUGGACAACGAUCCAACAGCCGCCCUGGCUGCCAACACAAGCUGCGAACAGCCUCUCCGUCUGUGGCUGCUCCCACUCGGACUCUGUCUCUGCAGGUUGGCCGUCAGCAGAAGGGCGUCCAAGUGUACAGCUUACUCCGCGGCUGUCUGGUUUUAUGCCAGAGCUGCCUCCAUCAGCACAGUCUGCGAACAUGUCGCCGGAGGAGUCAGCGCUGACCCCCCGCCUGACUUGCUGGAUACCGGUUCCAGGUCUCUGA